GGCUGUAUAAACUGACAUCGGAUGUCUUCGGUAUCGUGCUGUAUUUUGACCUCCGUAGCCUAUUCAGUGACAUAUAGAGACGUCGUGCCUUCUGUUAUUCUUCAUCAGAUCCAUAUAUUGAGCUUAUAGAGAAAACUUAAAACACUUAGUAUGUGGGUUUACAGUGAUUUUAGGUAUUAUGAAAAUAGUGUUUUGAACAUGGACUAUUCGUACUUUUACAACACAGGAUAAGUUACAGUAUAUGUUUAUUAAUAUUAUUCUUAGGAUAUACAGUGUGUAAAUCAAUAGGCUGUUCUUCACUGCAGCAAGGGCGCACAACAACUUUGCGGUCUGCAGCUCGUUGCGCGCCGUCACGAAAUCCUCGCUUUGACUGUCAAGUUCUCUUUCCUCAUUGAGACAACGUCAAAGGCUGGUCGGCUCGGUGCUUCUGCAAACUUGAAGCAUCUUUCAUGUCGCGCUGUUGGUGAAGGGUUUUCUGCGGGAAUUCAAAACGAUUGUGAUGAAGGAUCAAAACUACACCGAAGAAGUAGUCAAAAUACUUCAAGAAGCUCCGUCGACGAGACAGGCUCUUUUAGAGAACUACACAAACCUGUACAAUGUGGCGGACUACUGUGAGAAAAACUAUCUCGAGGCAGGAGAUGAAUCCCAGAAGGCACUGGAGGAGACCAAGGCCUUCACCACCCAGUCCCUGGCCAGCGUGGCCUACCAGAUCAGUAACAUGGCUAGCAAUGUCCUGAAGCUACUAGAUGCCCAGACCUCCCAGUUGUGCAAGAUUGAAUCUUCUGUCAAUCUCAUUGGACAGACAGUGGACAUGCACAGAGAGAAAGUGGCUCGGAGGGAGAUAGGUGUUUUCACAACGGCAAAGAGGGUGCCUCGCAGCCACAAGGUCAUCCCCCCGGCAACAGGCAAAGAGCCCAAAUCCAAGUACACCCGCACGCCCAUCUCUUAUGCCAGUCUAGACUCCCUUGGGCAUGGCAUGAAGGACUCGGGGAAGCAGGUGGCCAGAACAGCCACCAUGACACGCAAGCCUGGCGGCACGCUCGGGAGAACUAGCCGCCCCCCUGAGCCCGUCCAGUGCCCGGUCGCCCCGACUUUGUCUCGUGGUGCGUCGCUUACCUCACUCAGCGAUCGCUCCACUGGAUCUAGCUUCGGCAAGGCCGUGGCUCCUCCAGUGGUCCCCAGCCUGCCAGCUGAACCCGACCUCAUUGGCUCUCUGCUGGGGGAGGGGCCUCCCCCGCCCCCUCCACCAAUGGAGGAGGACGCCACGCCGCAGGAUCUGGACUCGAUCCCGCCCCCUCCUCCACUCCCCUCUACAGACUCUGCAGAAGUCGCACCUCCUCCUCCACCUCCUCCCCCCCCUCCCCCUCUGGAGACUGCACUGCCCCCUCCCCCACCUGCGCCACCUCUGGAGACAGUGGCAGAGGAGAAUGGCUUCCCCCCUCCCAUUGUGAUGGACGAUGCCCUCCCUCCCCCAAUCAUUGACUCAGCUGAUCUCCCAGCUCCUCCCCCUCCCCCGCCUUUGGACGACCCCGAAGCUCCUCGCACGCGACGGCCUCGCGUGCGCCGCCACCCUCCCAGUGCACGUUCACUCUCCAUGAGGGUGCGCAUGGGCCCCAACGCUCGCUCACUCUACACUCGCUCUCUCUUCCUGCCCGGUGUUCAGUCAAGUAAGGCCCUGUCAUAGCCACGGCUCUGGGACCAGUGGCCCACCUAGUGGUAGAUUUGGCCAAACGUAGUUUAGGAGUGUAGUGGGUGAAUGGAUGAAUGGAUAGAUACCUGGUGAUUACCCUGGUUUUAGCUUAUGUACUGUAUAUGUGGUGCCAUAUUAUGGAGAAGACUACAAAAGUUUGCCAAAUUCAACUGCAUAUAUGAUUAAUAUUGAAUGCAGUUUACAUUUGGUUCCUGCCCCUACACUAAAUGUUGGUAUGGAUAUAAUAGUUUAAUGUGUAAUUACUCAUAGCAUAACGUAGUGUAUAAAUUCAUGUAUGGAUGAAAUUGCAGUGGGUCAGUUUUGGCAGUAAUAAGAUAACUGUUGUAUAAAUUGUGCUUAGCUAGUCUUUUUACAAACACAAUGCUUGUCAUAUUUUGUUGGACUCCUGCUUCUUUACUUUCUGCUAUUUUCUGCAUGUGUGUCAGUCAUGAUCCCCCCCCCUCCCCCGUACCCUUGCCCGCUCGCGCCUCCUGCCUCGCCGAGCCUGCUGACCAAGCUUCCUGCCCGCCUCGAGCACCUGGGUGAGUCCUGCCAGCCCGCCAGUCCCUGGUGGCCCCCCCCAGGGCAUCUCUAGCUAACAGCAACACAGGUGUGCCCAUUUGGCAAGCAGCUUCUGAGGCUGCUGUGGGUCUACCGGGGUCUACUUGCCCAGGAGUCGGUGGAGGGGUAGCUUUUACCGCAAUUUCUAUGCAGACAUCCAGUUCUUGUCAUUGGGUUUGGCAUAAAUAUAAGCCCUGGUGUUUAUGGGGUUGCGUAUAUUGUCAGCUGUUGACAAGAUUUGGGGGAGUGCUGCAGCAGCGGAAAUAUGCGACUUCAUCCCGGCUACUGAUGAGGUUUGGAUGAAAUGACAUGUGAACGUGCAGCUGAGUGCCAGUGUAUUGUGCAGUGACGGUGACCAUAUUAAAGGACAAUCCAAUCUAUAACAUAAUUAGUGCAAGAUACGGGCAUUGAUGGAUGUGUGUUGUUACGUAACACUUGUAUGAAUCGAUUCAUAGUGUUAAUUAAAAUCGGCCAGCUGAAUCCAUGCAGUAGCUGUGUGACUGAGAUGAGGGCGUAGAUGAGUUUGGCACGAGUACUUCAGCGACAGGGGAGGUGCAUGGAGACUAGACAGGCUUCUGUAGCUAUUGUAUAAAUCAUCACAAUGGUGCACGUCUGUAGGAAAAGGCUCAGUUGACUCUGUAGAUCACUGUCAGUUUGGGUUUAGAACAGCCUGUUUUCGUCAUAGUAACAGUCCUGCCAUGGCGAUAUGUGAAGGCAGAAUAGCAUACUGUAUGAGUAAACAAUAUGAUACACAAUAAUAGAGGGGGAAAUGUUUAUGGUGUUUAUGUGUGCUCUCUCUGAGGUGGAGGUGUUUAUGUGUGCUCUCUCUC